AAAACCCUAGAAUCUGUAGUUUCAUCUUCUUCGUUUUGUUUUAAUUACAUAAAAUUCUUCAUAGAUUAGAUGUCCAAUUGCGAUCCUAUAAAACGAAUUGGAAAUUAGUUUUCAUGUCUAGGUUCUGCUUCAUAAUUGAUGUUAUUGAGAAUGUAUAUUCAGGUGAUCGUCAAGUGUUUGACUGGGUGAUUUUGAUUCUUAUAGUGUGUCUUUGAUUUUAUAGGAUUUGGAUAACUCAAAUUUGAUAAUGGAUACGGUCAAGAAUGUGUUUUCGGUGGAUCUACUAGAAAGAUAUGCAGCAAAAGGUCAUGGUGUUAUUACUUGUAUGGCUGCUGGAAAUGAUGUUAUUGUAUUGGGAACAAGUAAAGGAUGGGUUAUUCGCCAUGAUUUUGGAAUGGGCGAAUCUUAUGAUCUUGAUCUUUCUGCUGGUAAUAGAACUGGAGAACAACCUGUGCAUAGAAUAUUUGUUGAUCCAGGAGGUAGUCAUUGUAUAGCUGUUGUAUUUAGUGGUGGAGAUGUUGAUACAUACUAUACACAUGCUAAAUGGAGUAAGCCUCGCAUACUAAACAAAUUGAAAGGUGUUGUUGUAAAUACGGUUGCUUGGAAUAGGCAACAGAUAACAGAAGCUUCUACACGAGAAAUCAUUCUUGGGACGGAUAAUGGUCAGCUUUAUGAAAUGGCGGUCGACGAGAAGGAUAAGAAGGAGAAGUAUAUAAAUAAUUUAUAUGAAUUGUCAGAGCUCCCUGAGGCCUUCAUGGGUUUGCAGAUGGAAGUUGCUUCUCUCAGUAAUGCAACUAGAUAUUACGUGAUGGCUGUUACUCCAACACGACUUUAUUCUUUUACUGGCAUUGGAGCACUGGAUACAGUUUUCGCCAGUUACUCAGAUCGAGCAGUACAUUUUAUGGAACUUCCAGGAGAUAUACCAAAUAGUGAGUUAUACUUCUUUAUCAAGCAACGUAGAGCUGUACAUUUUGCCUGGCUUUCUGGGGCAGGUAUCUAUCAUGGUGACCUGAAUUUUGGAGCACAACACAGCUCAUCCAAUGGAGACGAAAAUUUUGUGGAGAAUAAGGCCUUGUUGAGCUAUUCAAAAUUGAGUGACGGUGGAGAAGCAGUAAAACCUAGAUCGCUUGCUGUAUCCGAAUUUCAUUAUCUGCUUCUCAUAGGAGAUAAAGUCAAGGUUGUCAACAGAAUUAGCGAAAACAUUAUCGAGGAACUGCAGUUUGAUCACGCUUCAGAAUCAGCUUCAAGAGCGAUUAUUGGAUUGUGUGGUGAUGCCACGGCUGGUUUGUUCUACGCUUAUGACCAGAAUUCCAUCUUUCAGGUAUCUGUUCAAGAUGAAGGACGAGAUAUGUGGCAGGUUUAUCUGGAUUUGAAGGAAUAUGCUACAGCUUUAGCCAAUUGCCGAGACCCUUUCCAGAGAGACCAAGUAUAUCUGGUGCAGGCUGAGGCUGCUUUCUCUACUAAAGAUUUCUUCAGAGCAGCGUCCUUCUAUUCUAAGAUCAAUUACUUGUUAUCAUUUGAAGAGAUCACACUGAAGUUUAUAAGUAUUAACGAACAGGAUGCUUUAAGAACUUUUUUAUUGCGGAAACUUGACAAUCUUAGGAAAGAUGAUAAGUGUCAAAUAACUAUGAUAUCCACGUGGGCUACUGAGUUGUACUUGGAUAAGAUCAAUCGGUUAUUGUUGGAGGAUGACACAGCUUCAAAUAACCACAGCUCAGAGUACAAUUCCAUCAUUCAGGAGUUCCGAGCUUUUCUCAGUGAUAGCAAAGAUGUACUGGAUGAGGUGACCACUAUGACGCUAUUAGAAAGCUAUGGUAGAGUUGAUGAACUAGUCUAUUUUGCUAAUCUGAAGGAGCACUAUGAGAUUGUGGUUCAUCAUUAUAUUCAGCAAGGAGAAGCAAAGAAAGCACUGGAAGUACUGCAGAAACCAGCUGUUAAUGUAGAAUUGCAGUACAAAUUUGCCCCGGAUCUGAUCAUGCUUGAUGCAUACGAAACUGUAGAAUCAUGGAUGAUCACAAGCAACCUAAAUCCUAGGAGACUGAUUCCUGCAAUGAUGCGUUAUUCAAGUGAACCUCAUGCUAAGAAUGAAACGCACGAGGUCAUCAAAUAUCUGGAAUACUGUGUCCACCGUUUGGUCAAUGAGGAUACUGGUGUGCAUAACUUACUGCUCUCACUGUAUGCUACACAGGAGGAUGAUAGUGCACUUUUGCGUUUCCUGCAAUGCAAAUUUGGAAAAGGACGUGCAAAUGGCCCAGAGUUUUUCUAUGAUCCCAAGUAUGCUUUGCGCCUUUGUUUGAAGGAAAAGAGGAUGCGUGCUUGUGUUCACAUAUACAGCAUGAUGUCCAUGCAUGAAGAGGCUGUUGCUCUUGCUCUUCAGGUUGACCCAGAACUAGCUAUGGCUGAAGCAGAUAAAGUUGAAGAUGAUGAAGAUUUGAGGAAGAAGCUUUGGCUUAUGGUUGCAAAGCAUGUCAUUGAGCAGGAGAAGGGAACUAAAAGGGAAAACAUACGAAAGGCUAUAGCCUUUCUCAAAGAAACUGACGGGCUAUUAAAGAUUGAAGACAUUCUACCGUUCUUUCCAGAUUUUGCUCUGAUUGAUGAUUUCAAAGAAGCAAUUUGUUCUUCAUUGGAGGACUACAACAAGCAAAUUGAACAACUCAAACAGGAGAUGAACGAAGCAACUCAUGGUGCAGACAACAUAAGAAAUGAUAUCACUGCCCUUGCUCAAAGAUAUGCUGUUAUAGAAAGUGACGAGGGUUGCGGGGUUUGUAGAAGGAAAAUUCUAACUGUUGGAGGGUUAGAACGCGUAGCAAGAGGGUAUACAUCAGUUGGUUUGAUGGCUCCGUUCUACGUCUUUCCUUGCGGGCAUUCCUUCCAUGCGCAAUGCCUUAUAGCUCAUGUGACACAAUCUAGUAACCGAGCCCAAGCAGAGUAUAUAUUGGAUCUACAGAAGCAACUCAGUCUACUCAGCGUUGAAUCCACAAAAGAUUCAAAUGGCAUGGUAACGGAAGAAGAAUCACUUACCAGUAUGACCCCAGAAGAUAAGCUCCGCUCACAGCUGGAUGACGCCAUAGCUAGUGAAUGUCCAUUUUGUGGUGAUCUGAUGAUUCGAGAGAUCUCCUUGCCGUUUAUACUUCCUGAUGAGGAAAACGUUUCUUCAUGGGACAUAAAAACCCCACAGCUUCUUUCAGGUCAGAAGAGCCUUUCUUUAGUUAUAUAAUAGUCUUUUCUUUUGUAUAUAUUGGGAUUGCAAUUGUGUAGUGUGCAUAUAAUUUAUGUUUUAUUUUACAUGCAACUUCUAUCCUUAUCUCUGAGUUUUGAUGUAGAGCUUCAGAUUGUAAGGUCUUGUGUAGUCUUUCCUUGAGUAUCUAUAUUUAGAAUUAAAAACUGAACAUUGUACUUCGUUUUUAACAAUUGAAUAUUAAUUGUAUUGUACCUUAAUAUAUUGACAGUUCACAGUUCAUA